AUGCGCAUUCGCUACCCUUUUGCAGGUGCUUUCAUCUUCCUGCUCUUCUUAGCCGGUUACAUCGGUCUUCUCCCACACAGCACCUCUUCAACGAUACCAACACAGCUUCAGCCCAAUGACAAGUUCCUCCACCUCGUCACCUUUUUCCUACUCUCAGUAACAUUUUACUGGGUCUUGGACACUACCCGUCGGCGCACGCUACACGUGACCCUCGUGGUCUGCACAUUAGGGCUUGGUAUUGGCUCUGAAGUUGUGCAGGGUUUCCUUCCAAAUGGUCGAGACUUUGAUCUAUUCGAUGUUGUCGCCAAUGUUGUCGGUAGUCUAGGCGCCAUCGGAAUUUGCAAUUGGUAUCAUCGGCGCAUGAUGGAACGCCGCCGGCGGAGUCGGUAUGGUAUGACGGAGGAUGGCACUGAGGACGUCGAGCUUGGUGGCGUCGCUGGGAAUUCUCGUGGCGGCUCAGAAGCGAUGGGCCCGCAGGAAUCCGGUGUCAUGAGUCUUGAGCAGGAAGUCGACAACUGGGACGAGAAUGCAGUUGACACUUGGGAUACGGAAGAAGCGCCGAGUCCUGAGCGAGAGGCUGCUCCUCCUAGUUAUCAUGAGACUGGCUCUGUCGGUGGCCAAUCGGCUGCAAUCCCUGCUGCGGCAAAACGUAUUGAUUAA